UACAUCUUAAUAGAAAUAUAAUUUAAGAAUGGUAAUGCUACGGUUGCAUGAAGUUGAGUGGGUAAAGGCCAGUUGUAGGAAUCUAUACAAGUCAUUUAAAUAAAUACAGCCAAAAACAAAAAUAAAAUUGUACUCUUCUACUAAUAUACUCCCAAACAUGCCCUUAAAAUUGUAUUUAUAAGCUGUCCUCAAUUCCCCCUCAUCAUUUCACAUCGGCAUGCCUUCAGCUCUCGCCCUACCUUUGAUCGUUUCAAGUCUCAACUGACUCCUGUCCCCGACCCCACUCUCUCUCUCUCUCUCUCUCUCUCUACCUGCUUAAAACCCCAUUGUCUGAACUUUUUUUCUCCCAAAAACCCUGAAAGAACUCUUCGCUAAAAAACUCCCAAGAAAUGUCAGACCGCACCCCCCAUCACCACCGGCGGCCCCUCCACCACACCUAUUCCACUCCUUUCCCUUCUUGCUUCCGCCCUAAAGCCAUUCCCAGAAUUACCGCUGGCGCCGCUACCGAGCCUCCGCCGGCACCAUCGCCACCGCCACCGCCACCGCCGCCGCCGCAGGGCGCCGGGAGCCCCAACCUCACCACGUGUCUAUACCACACCGACUUCGGCAUCUUCGCCCUCACGUGGUCCCGCAACCUCCUCGGCCGCUCCCUCCACCUUGACCUACGCUUCGACGCCGAAGACGACUCUCAGUCUCCGCCAGCCACGGCUGGGUCUUUCCAUCUCCAGAUCAAGCCCUUCUUCUUCUGGACCAAGCACGGCUCCAGAAAGCUCGCCGUCGAUCACUGCGGCUCGCGGAACGUGCGGGUCUUUUGGGAUCUGACCCGAGCCAAGUACGGAUCUGGACCCGAACCCCAAUCUGGGUUCUUCGUCGCCGUGGUCGUCGAGGGCGAGAUGACCCUCCUCGUCGGGGACCGCCGGAGGGAGGCGUACGCGAAAACCAGAGCGAGAAAGGCGGAGAGGACGCAGGUUCUGCUUCUGAGGAGAGAACAUUUGUUCGGAAACAAGAUAUACACCACGAAAGCGAGAUUUGGGGGCAGAAACAGAGAGAUUUCCAUCGAUUGCAGCCUCGGCGAAGAUUCGAGACUCUCCUUCAGCGUCGAUCGGAAAAAGGUUUUGCAGAUUAAGCGACUGAAGUGGAAAUUCAGGGGGAAUGAGAGAAUCGAAGUCGAUGGGGUUCCGAUCCAGUUCUCGUGGGACGUGUACAAUUGGGCUUUUGAGGACGGCGCGGACGGGCACGCCGUGUUCAUGUUCAGAUUCGAGAAACAGGGGCUGGAGGAAGACGAAUACGUAGAAUCGAGGAACGAUCUGAGCGAGAAGAUUAGCGAUGGGGUAGGGGAACUGUUUGGGGGAUUCGGGAUGAACGGGUUCGAGAGGAAGAAGAUGAAGAAGAGCUUAAUGAGGAGCGGGAGGAGCUCCUCGUCGUCGUCAUUGUCGUCUGCGUCGUCGGGAUGUAGCUCGUCGGUGAUGGAGUGGGCGAGCAUGGAGGAGAAGCAGUUGAAGGGUCCCAGUGGGUUUUCGUUGCUGGUAUAUGCCUGGAAGAGCUGAAGGAAGAAGAUGCGCCAUGGAUCCUCAUCUCUGCUCUCCGGGUUCGAUUCGAUCUCAUUCUGUAAUCGCUAAAGCUUGACUUGUCUCGCUAACCCCAUUUGUUCGUGAACAUAUCGUAAUAAAUCAAUUAGCUGCUCGUAGAAAUAAUACAUUUAGAUAGCACAGUGUUAUAGAAUCAUUUAUUUUUUGUUGGAAUUAUUGACGAUUUUAGCAGAAGGAUCUUUGUAUUCAAUCUUACAUAUGUUACAAUCAGUGUUGUCAAACAGAUUUACUUGGCAAAAUAGAACCAUUGAUUCCAUUUUUGAUA